CCCACCCCGCAAGCUGACAGUCAAUAUAGUUGACGGUAAGACCAAUAUGGUCAUCCAUCAGUACGUGACUGUUUACCGACUCAUGGCCAUCUCAUCCCAGGCGAAACAAGUCCUUGAGUGGAAGCCACGGGCCGGCCAGUAUAAGAUCUACGGAAAAUAUAGCCGGGCCGCUAUGUCCAGCGUGCUCGACGCCAUCGUUUAUCUCCAGCCCAUCCCCAUCUCCACAACGGUACUUGCAGACAACUUUCUCACAUAUGAAGCGUGUCUGCGCCUGGGCAUCUCUAACAAACGCGCCGAGCUGAAGCCUUUGCUCACUGCUGUCUAUGACCAGAUCUCCAAGGGGCCCGUUGACAACGAGGUCCUGGCGUUCGUGACCUACCAUCUCGGCAGCAAAGACCCGGUGUUCAGACACACAGCCAACGUCCUGUGUCACCAGCGCUUCAUCAAGUCCGUACCCGAUGUGAAAGAGUUCGAGAAAAUGGUAGCGAAGAAGCCUGCACUGCAGAAGGCCGUGUUGCAGAUUGAUCAGGCGCACAAGUCGCGGCGGCAGGCAUAUGAGGCGAAGAAUCAGGCAAGAUCUGGUAGCGAAGCCGACGACGAAGCAUCUGGUAAGUCUGCUGGUGACGAGGAGAAGGUAGUAGAGGUCAAGACUGUCGAGAAUAUGCUUGAACAGAUUGCGCGGGAGGAAAGAGGAUGAUUACAAGCAGAAGAAGAAACUUCUGGGUCUGUUUAGGAAUGAUGGCGCGGUACGCGAGCCCACAGAUGAGACUGAGAAAGUAGAGAAGAUUGACGAGACGGAGAAGCUUGAGUAAAGCGCUGUAAGUGAGACCAGAUUUCAUUGAUACAAUCUUUUAUGUACCAUUCCUUCAAACAUGAGCAAUAGCAGAGACGGUAAAUUCGUG